AUGGAGCCCGCUGAAGUACCUGGUCAGAUUAGCAAAGAUAAUUUUUUAGAAGUUCCUAAUCUGUCUGAUUCUGUGUGUGAAGAUGAAGAGGUUAAAGCGACCUUCCAGCCUGGCUUCUCCCCUCAGCCAAGCAGACGAGGAUCAGGAUCUUCUGAAGACACGUACCUGGACACCCCAACUUCAGCGUCCCGGAGAGUUUCCUUUGCUGACAGCCUUGGAUUCAGUCUUGUGUCCAUUAAAGAAUUUGAUUGUUGGGAAUUACCAAGUGUUUCAACUGAUUUUGACCUAAGUAGGGAUGUCUUCCACGCAGAGGAAUAUGUUUUAUCUCCACUCUUUGACUUGCCCUCUUCAAAAGAAGAGCUUAUGGAACAACUUCAGGUCCAGAAAGCAGUGCUGGAGUCAACUGAACACCUCCCUGGGUCGACAAGUGUGAAGGGUAUUAUUCGAGUUCUGAACAUUUCUUUUGAGAAGUUAGUGUAUGUGCGCAUGUCCUUGGAUGGCUGGCAGACACAUUAUGACAUUUUAGCAGAAUAUGUUCCUAAUUCAUGUGACGGUGAAACUGACCAGUUCUCUUUUAAGAUUUCAUUGAUUCCUCCUUAUCAAAAAGAUGGCAGUAAAGUUGAGUUUUGUAUACGUUAUGAAACUUCUGUUGGUACAUUUUGGUCAAAUAAUAAUGGCACCAAUUACGUAUUGGUUUGUCAAAAGAAAAAGAAAGAUCCAGAGCCUGUAAAACCAGUGGAAGAAGCUCCUAGCAGACAAAUAAAAGGCUGCUUAAAGGUAAAAUCAAGUAAAGAAGAAUCAUUGUUAACCACUGGAGAAAAUAAGUUUGAGAAUUUGAAGUUCACAGAGGCCUACAUCCCAACAAUCAUUUGUUCUCAUGAAGACAAGGAUGACUUGGGAGCCAGUCAUCAGAAUGUAGAAGAUACCAAAAGGGAGCAUGACGAACAUAAUGAAAAAGAAUUAGACUUGGUGAUAAACCAACGGCUAACAACUUCCUGGGAUGAAAAGAAUACAUUUUCAACAGAUGGAGUCAAUUUCAGAAAUACAGCUGAGGGGUCAGAGAAGAAGCAAGAUUAUCAUGAAAUUCAUACUGACUUGUUCAGAAGGCCUUUGUCUCCAAGUUUACCAGCCUACCAUAGCAAAAACCAUUCCCCAGGAAAUGAAUGUGGUCACCAAACUUCAGAGGAGAUUCCUUCAUAUGUGGGAGAAAUGGGGCCAUCACUGGGAGAUGCUAGCUCUGAUGAAUUAAUGCAAUUGAACCUCUGCAGCAAAGAAGUCCUGGAUGAUAAUGCCAACCCAGCCCAUGAGAGUGGCAAAGUGCAAAUAACAUGUUCAUCCUCUGACCUACUAAUGGCAGAUGGCCUUAAGAAAAAUAAUGAAGCAGGAAUCAAGAAACCUGGAAUAAAAGAUUACAGAUAUUCAAGAAGUGAUUUCUAUUUAGAGGCAUCCACAAACCUGGAAGAAUCAAGUGCAUCUUCCAAAAAUGAUUAUACCAAGGGCAAUGAUGGAAAGGAGCAGAAUACAUGCUUAGGUAUUAGUGAAAACCAAAGCAAGAAUUUUCAAUCAAUAUUCCAGAACCAAGAGAGGCAAAUGGAGCACCCCAAAAUAAGCAUUGAGGGCACUAAAGCUAAGAACGAGGACUUAACCACAACCACCCUACUAAGCAAAGACACUACAACUACCACCUGGACAGUAACAGUAGAUCCCUCUCCUUCAACAAAGACAAAAGUGAAUUGGGGAGAAGCUGGCGAAGGUUCCAGUUUAGAACCAGGAACUACUCAUCUUGGUUCACCAAGAAAUGGCAGUGUUCUGAUGGAUGAUUAUCUUUUUCGAGCUGAAAGGGGAAAAUCAGACUCUAGUAAUCCUGAAGAUCAGAAUAUGAAUGCACAGCAUAAAAAAAGUUGGAAUGUUCUGGAAAGUCAGCCAGAAACAAGAGGGAUUGAAACAAAUAUAACCAAGCAGAUCAAAGAACAAGCAGAGUGUAAAGAUGUGUGGGAAAAAAGAGAUAACACGAGAGGUCUGAAAGCUACUCCUACAGAACAAUUGUUUACCUGCCAGGAGACAGAGAGCUAUGAACUGUCUUCUCUAGCCCAUCAUGGUAUUACUGAAAAAGCACAAGCAGUUACAGCUUAUAUAAUUAAGACAACAUUAGAAAGUACUCCAGAAAGCAUGUCUGCUAGAGGAAAAGCAAUAAUUGCUAAGCUACCUCAAGAGACAGCACGCAGUGACAGGCCCAUCGAGGUAAAAGAAACAGCGUUUGAUCCUCAUGAAGGGAGGAAGGAUGAUUCACAUUAUACCCUUUGUCAUGGAGAUACAGCAGGUGUAAUCCAUGACAAUGAUUUUAAAAGGGAGUCACAUUCAGCUAUUUGUAAUGUACAUGUAGAUGAAAUGGAGAAGGAGGCAACCACAUCUACAUACAAUCGUAGGAAGACAUAUGACAAGGAGAAACGUGGAAUUGGAAUUGUAACAUCUAUAGACGAACCUUCGCAGGUCAUUACAGGCAAUCAAAAAGCUACGUCAAAGCUGGAUUUACAUUUGGGAGUUUUACCAACAGACAAAGCAAUAUUCCCAGAAAAUAAAGAUCUUGAGCUGCUUCAAGAAUUACCACGGAGAACAGACUUGGAUGCUGUUCAUUCUGCAUUUAAUUCGGACACUCCCAGCACUUCUCAGGGCAGCCCUCAAGUCUACAGAUGCCACUCUAAAAAUUCAGUACCCUCUUCUGGAUGGCGAGUUGCUGAAGAGAAAGCAGUUACUAACUCAAUACUCCAAUCUAUUCCGAUCAAAUCGGAAUAUACUUGCCACCCAGAAAGUGAGAUCCUGGGCCAUGCCAUGUCUAAACCUAAUGAUGUUUCCCAAAGUUCGGAAAUAAUGGAAUCAGGUAGUGGAAGAGAACGACAUGUGGGGCCGAUUCUCCAACACAAAGAUGGUAGCUUGGAAAAAUCCCAAGGCCCAAUGAUUUUAAUCAGUGAACCUCUUGAGAAUCUGGAGGAGGCAAGGUCUGACAUUGAAGAAUUGAUGUGUUUUGGACACUCACGAUGCUAUUCGGAUGAUAAAGGAUCAGAGAGCCCUGCUUCUGCUACCCUCCCUACCCAGGAAGUCGAAGCUCAGGGCAGGGACUCUCUGCUUUCAAGAUACAUCAACUCUAAAAUACCUUAUCUCCUUUUGUUUCUGAUAUUUCUUGCCACUAUCUAUUACUAUGACUUAAUGAUUGGGUUGGCCUUCUACCUUUUUUCCUUGUACUGGUUAUACUGGGAAGGGGGGAAGCAAAGAGAGUCUGUCAGAAAGAAGUGA